GGACCCUGCACUUCAGAUCCUUUCCUCCUUAGAGCAUAUCAACCGGAAUAGCCUCACACCGUGCCAAUCCCUUCUACCUGCAACAUGUUUCCUUUUGUGUUGUUCGGAUUCCAUUUUUGCGACACGCAUCUGCCCGGGUUACGUGCUAUGCGUUGAAUACAUAGCAUGAAGUCCCUCGCAAACGAGAACUGAUCAACGCACUGGAGAGCAUCCGGGCUGUGAGGGCGGUGGUUAGCCGUCAAGGGCAUCAUGUGACUUUGUUGUGGAACUGACAAAGUCUCGGAUCGGCCAUCAAGUGCCAGCCGGUCUAUUGUCGAUGGACGCCAUCACCAUCACCAAGCGCGCACAUGACCGCCCGCUAUACUCAUCGAUAAGCGGGCCUGUCUUUUGGGAAGUACCAGCAUGUGAUUUGAAAGAUGGUCCAGGUCGCCUUUGUAGAUCCGGCCGGAUAUGAGCCGCCCUCAUGCUUCCGGCUUCACUGGACCCUUCUCGUAAAUACAUGCCAUCGUUGUUUCGUUGCACUAGCCAGUCGAACCGGAUUUAGCCACAGAAAAGGUGUAGAAAAAACAAGGCUCGUAAAUGAGCAUCUCUAUUGCAUCGCAUGCGCGUUCCGAAUGUUUUUAUCCGCCCUCAACCUCAUGUAGCACUGUGGACAAAAACGCCAAAAGCUCCUUGUGUGCGCCUCUCGCCGUACAAGAUCCGCCACCGCCGCCCCCUCCGUUCCAGAUGACGAUGAGACGUUAAAAAGAUGGAAAGCUUCGCGUAAAAAAAAAAAAAAAAGAAGAGAGCAGUAGCGGG